CGCUCCGACUACCAUCACCAGUUGCCAUCCAGCCACACCGACGAGCACGAACUGAUAGGAUCCUCGGCGAGAGCAGGACUGACAGAUUCAGCUCAGGUCCAAUCCAGAUGCAGCCUUCGUUGCACCAUCCUCAAUAAUCCGCGACAAACUGCAUAUGAGGCCUUGAUCAUCGUGCAGCCGUCAUAAUCUAACCGGGCCUCAGGCCUCACUCUCAGCACCCAUGCAACCAAAUGCACUUUGUACCAGUUUUCGAGUGCAGAUACAGCAAGACGAGCACCUCACAUACAGAUGGAAGGAACGCAGUCGGAUGCCAGAACCGAGUUGCGGGGCCUCACGCUCUGAUGGCCGUGCUAUGGCAGACUGGGAGACGCGUUUGGAGAGUGGCGCGGGGUUGGGGAUUGUGUUUCGGGAGCGUCUACAUCUUGGAAUCCAGUCAUGCAUGCGACUCUCGCCUCUACCAGCUGCGCCUUUUCUACAAAUAUGGAAACUCCACGUCGAUAGCACAUUGCGGGACAACGUCGAACACCGUCCAACACUUGACAAAGCUGUACAUGAUUCACCCGGCACGCUCCGCUGUGCAGACAUCCUACCAAUUGCAAGUAAACAACGAAAACACACACCUGCCAUCGCAUACUCCAACACUCCCCCCAUUGCAGACUGCAUUUUGGCCAAACGGACGGAUCCGGAGCUUAGCGUCGCGCGUGCGUAUGGAGGAAACAAGCGUCAAGAAGACGGAGGCGUUGUCCGAGAUGCCAUGUUUGGGUAUGAGGAACUUGAACGAGCAGUUGAAGAGCUAGAGGAGCGCAGCAUGCAGGCCGACUGGAUCCUCGGCACAUAA